GUCAGGAAGAGGAAACGGGCUUCCUCCGGACACACACGUCGCCCCAAACACAGGGGGGUAAUAAAGAUGGUGGCCACCCGGCGGGCGACGCGGCGGAGUGAAUCCGAGGCGGGGGACAACGAAUCUCCGAAGAUACCAGUUCACAACCUGUUACAGCUCUGAAAACAAUUAAUGUUUCUGAAGGAAUCCGAGAAGACCUCUGUGGAAGGCAGUACAUCUUUAAGGACAACAAGGAGCAGAAGUAGAGUGGAUUCCUUUUCAAAUGGCAUUCCUGAAACUUGUGCUGAGAAAACAAAGUCAUCUGAAACUAAACUGAAUAUGGAAGAAUCUCCAGAGGAACAAACAGUUCCAGAUAAGAGUAAAACAGUAGAUACAGUUGCUGAAUUGCAAGGCGAUGGAGAUAUUUCUGAAGCAGAAUCAAAUUGUUCCUCUGUGUCAGGUCUCCAGACACCUUCGUUUAUAAGAAUAACAAGAAGGAGGCAAAUUGUAAUUCCGUGUCAGCCAGAGUUUCCAGCUAAAAACAGACAAAGCAAGAAAGCCCUUCCAAGUGAAAGAAGCAGGUGUCAAGAAGAAGAUGACACAUCUGAAGCAGAAUCAUGUUCUUCUACUGUUUCAGGAGAAAGGGCUCAACAUGGUACAAGAAUUACUAGAAGCCGGCAAGCCAAGAUUAAUGUUUCACCAGUACGUGAAGCCCAAACUGAAGAAAUUUCUGAUGCAGAAUCAUGGUGCUCAGGUAUUUCUACAGAACGAUCAGUUCAUUUUAAACGGGUGACAAGGAGCAUGCGACUAAGAAUGCAAACAGAAUCACCAUUGCAGAGUGGAAGAAAAAGUGAAAUUGUGGUGGCAUAUACUAAAUUGCCUGAGCCUGUAAUCCCAUCCCAGACAAUAGUAAUCUCUGAUGAAGAACAACCUACAAAAUCUGAUUCAGAGACAGAACAGACAUCUCUCUCAUCUCGCCGAAUAAAUGAACAACCCAGCCCCUCCAAAGCAAAGUACAGUUCUGCAGCUGUUGCCAGCAGUGAACUAAAAGAGUUUAUUUCAAGCAGUCCUAAAAAAAUGUUAAGUAAAUGUAUCAAAACGUCACCUGAAAAAGAGAGGCCAAAUGAUAACGAUUAUGAAUCUGUGGAUAGUGCAGAGCAAAAGGUAACCAGGGACAGAGAUACAAGGAAAGCAGUUACAAAACAAAUAUCUGCAGAUAUAUACGAAAUAGUGGAAAGUCCAGAAGAAGUGUGUGAUCGAAGCUUAGAAAAAUCAACUGAGGCAACGGAAAACAAGUCACCUGUAAAAUGUCAAGACAUGUUGUCAAGUGAUCAUAGAAACUUUGGACAGUCUGAUACAUCCCCAAGACGGACAACCCCUAAUAAAAAUAAGAGCAAUGCAGAUUCCCCAAAAUUGGACACCAGGAAAAUUAGUCAGAGCUCUUUGCUUCCUGUAGAAGAUAUAAUAGACAUAGACAAGCCAUGUGAAGUAGGUAGCUCUCAAAACGAUAGUAUCCCAUCACACAUUAUUGAAAGCAGCGAUGAUGAAUGCAGGACUUCUGUUAUGAAUAUAGAUAGUGAUACAAGCCCAGAGGAGUCAGUUGCUGAAUCCUCUUCAGGUAUAACCAAAACAGCAGGUCCUGAAAAUUCCUUCACUGUAUCACUUCUUACAAGUGAUGAGAGUGAUAGCUCUGAAAACAGUGAUUUAGAAGAAAUAGAUAAAGAGGAAACAACUUCCGGUAAUCAAAGCACAUUGGUCUUGGACAAAUCACAUAGUGAAGGGCUGUUUGUCAUUGAUAAAACUCCUGGGAUGGAUACCAACAAGCCAUACUAUUUGGAGGAGAGGGAUGUGGCAGAUGAUGAACAGAGUGAGGAGUCAUCAGAGCUUGAAGACAGUGAAGAGGAGUUUAUAGAUGAGGAUGAAGAUCUAUUAAAUGCAAGUAAUAACAUCUUAUCGUUAUCAAGCAGUAUUGAUCCUGGCCUAAACGUUAAACAGCUCGGGGGCUUAUACAUUAGUUUUGAUGCAGGAAAGCAGAAAUCUGGUUCUCAUGGAGUUGUGCCACUAAAGGAGAAAAAGAAAGAUGAGCUUUUGCAGCAGAGUAUUAUAACUCCAGGUUUUGAAAAAAAAGAAUGUGUCCCACCCUUAAGAGAAUCACUUCACCAGUUAAAGAAACAACGUAGGGCAGAGAGAGCAAAAACAACAGGUGAUGGCUGGUUUGGUAUGAAAGCUCCAGAAAUUACUGAUGAAUUAAAAAAUGACCUUAAGGCUCUGAAGAUGAGGGCAGCCAUAGAUCCUAAACGAUUUUAUAAAAAGAAUGAUAGAGAAGGACUCCCCAAAUACUUUCAGGUUGGUACAGUCAUGGAUUCUCCAGUAGAUUUCUAUCAUGCUCGAAUUCCAAAAAAACAGAGAAAGAAAAACAUUGUGGAAGAACUUUUAGCAGAUUCUGAAUUCAGAAGAUACAAUAAAAGGAAGUACCAAGACAUCAUGGCUGAAAAGGCAGCCCUUGCAGCAGGCAAGAAAAACCGAAAGAAGAAGAAAUUUCGCAAAUAGAUUCUGGACAAAUAAAUAAAUAAGUUUUGAACUUAGCUAUUAAUGGUGAAUUGCACAAAUUGUUGUCUGGACUGUAAGGACAAGGCUAGCUCUCGUUUUCCAGUAAUGUUCGUUACUAAUAAAAGUAUGCAAUAGAGAAGUUGGAAUCUAAGAAGAGGGGGGAAAUAAUAUUAUGUAAUGUCAGAACUGUGAAUAUAAUGAUCAAUUUAAAUGGCAAUUUUAAAAUUAACUUCAAAAUGUACAAAAUUAUAAAUUGUUGAAAUUUGGCUGUAAGAAUUUUAUAAAACUACUGUAUACUUGUCUGUUAAAAUCUUUUUAAGAAUUGGCAAUCAGAUGACUUUAAUGUGUGCUAUUACUGAAACUUCAUUUUGCUUCUAAGAAUGUGUGUGCUUGGGAAAUACUAAGAUAAUGCUGGGCAGGAAAAUUCUUCUGAGUGGAAGCGUCAAUGUUAAUUUAUAUAAGAAUUAGAGAUGAUAUCCUCAUUCAAGACAAAGAGGAAUGUUUAGGAAAAAGUACAUAUUUAGAAAUGGUUCAGCUAGAUGAUCAAAGAAGCUGAAAAUGCUGUUCUGCAGCUUGCAAGUCACAGCUUCCCUUUUCCCCCAGUCUUUACAUGAAAGAUGUUUGUUUUUUCCAUAUGAUCAGUCUAGCACAAAGUAGCCAGUUAAGUGCUUUUUAAUCUGAGUUUACAUAUGCAUAAUGAGCUUCAGAUGUUCUCCCUUUUUUCUGUGCUAAAAGUACACUGAAAAUAAGUUUCUUUAUAUAGGAAAUCUGGCCUGCUUGUUCAAUUUAGCUAAACCAACAACCAACUUGAAGGGUUAGCUGGAGUUAUUCCUUAUAGUUCUUUGUGUGCUACUCAGCCAUAUUCGUAGGACCAAACUGGUGUGUUGGGCUGCUCUAAGAAUUGAUCCAUCACAUAUAGCUAUACAUUUGCCAGUAAGGGACAAUAGACGUAUUUAACUAUAAUCCGAAACAUGCUACCUAGUGAGACCAAGUGGGAAUUACAGUGCUUCCAGCAAAAUAAGCAUCAGUCUAUCACAGCCCAGUAUGCUUUCCUACCGCCAGUCAGCCCUAAUUAUCAGUAGUGAGUUGGAGGGGUAUAAACCAUGUAGUUGUUUGAGUAUUGGGACUCUGAAUCUAGAGAUCAAAGUUCAAUUUAAUGCUUAGCCAUGGAAAGCCACUGGUAAAUCACACUCAAACCCAGAAAACACGAUAGGCUUUCCUUAGAGUUACCAUAAGUGAAUAAUAGAAGACACACAACAACAAUAAACAAACAAGGCAAAACUAGUGCUACAUUUCCUUCCCUUUAAUAUACUGAAUGCUUUCUUUUAAACCUAUCUGUAAUAUCUAAAAAUGUGUCUGAAACACUAGCAAGCUCAGACUAAAGGGUGUAUAAACUUGAAAAUUGGUCAGAAGUUCUAAUUAUGAUAAUAUCUUGGUCUCAAGUUUUCAAAUAUGGUUUAGGCACUCAUAUGUUCUAAAUUGGAUCAGGCAAUUUGUGAGAUUAACAAAGGAAUUGUAUUUCUAUUACACUAAAGCCACAAAUUCUGUAGCUCAAGUCCAUUAAGAUAGUGAAGUGGUUUAAUUAACAAUAUAAUAGCUACUUUUCUUUGUCGUUCAUUCUUCAAUGACAAAAGGUAUCUCUCUGCUACUUUCAGGAUCAGACACAUCAUGUCUAAACACCAUUCUCCAGGACUGUUUCUUUGUUUUGUUAUUACUUCUGGGUCACAUAAUUAUAUUUAUUUUGUAGCACAGAGAUGGUGUAGCGGUUUGUGUGUUGGACUCUGGAGACCAAGGUUCGAAUCCCUGUUCAAGCAUGGAAACCCUAUGGGUGACCUUGGGCAAGUCACACACACACAGCCUCAGAGGAAGGCAAAGGUAAACCCCCUCUGAACACAUUCUGCCAAGAAAACACUGAUAAGUUCCCUUUAGGGGUACCGUGAGCCAUAAUUUUUGCACAGUGCCUAAAUUUAAUCUUCAGCUUUGCUGAUACAGUAUAGAGACAGCUAUAUUAUUUUGAUUAAGUCUAAGCCAAUAUAGGUGGUUCUGAACUUGGGAAAGAGAAACACAAAGAUUUUUUUAAAAGCAACUAAGCAGUUGUCUGAAUCUCAGCCAGCCCUGCAGUUGGGCAUGGAGUGAAACCAUUAAUAGUUGUAUACCUCAAGGUGUUUCUGAUUUAAGGCAACCCUAAGGGAAACCUAUAAUGGGUUUUGUUCAGAGGGGCUUUGUCUUUGCCUUCCUCUAAGGCUGAGACAGUUUGACUUGCCCAAGGUCACCCAGUGGGUUUCCAUGGCUGAGGAGAUUUGAAGCCUGGUAUCCAGAGUGCUAGUUCAAUGCAUUGUGAAAGGUGAUAUUUUAAUGCCCCUUCUCUGAGCCUAUCCUUCAGUUUUUCAAUGUUAGGUCUGAUUAUGAGUUCUGGGGCACUCUGAGGCUUUCACUGUUACAUAUUACAAUUUUACUGGUCCUAGUAAAGGCUAUUAUCCAGCUAUGAUUUUUGGAUAAUUUGUAAGCGUGUGCUGUCAGCUACCUCCCCACUCCACAUGCACUUGUGUGGAUUAUUUAGUCUAUCUAGGCCAGAGCCAUCUGUGUUGUUUCUUACUGAGAAUAUUAUGCUGCAUGUGCAAAAAGAUGCUGCCAAAUUUAAGAUUGCAGUGCUGGCCCAGACUGAGUGGAGUAGCUGCUUUAGAUUGCAAAUGCUGGAAGAAGGGAAAGCAGCGAGCAGUAGAAGAUAUAACUUAAAGGCAGAACUGUUUAAGCCACAUGGCCUCUAGCCCCUCAGCUAGUCUGCUCUGUGCAAGCUGUAAUGGAGGAAGAAGAUGCUGUAGGAUUUAACUAUCAGUCUCAUCGACUGCUGUUUUGGAAAAGAAGGCAGAACAAUCUUGUUCUUCACCUCAAGCAGCAGAGGGGCUAGGGCUAUAGGCAGGGACCCCAGAACUGAUUUUAAGGAAGGGGGGACUCAACAUUAGCAUGAAGCUUGGAAUUAAUUUUGACUACCUGCACCAAUGAAAAUAUACGGUGCAUUAAAGAAUGACCAACUGAGAGUAGUGACAAUCUCAGGACCACACAAAAUAAGGAUUAUUCAGUACUCUUCCAACCGAUCAUUCCUGAAGGGGGUUUAGAUACACCAUCUUGGUGGGCCAGAUUUGCUUGUAUCUGAAAAUCUGAAUUAAAAUAUAAAAAUAUGAUUUUUAAA